CAGACCUCGGAUUGCCCCUCUCAGUAACACACCGGCUGACAGGCGUUUUACAGAAGGAUCGAGAGGCGGUAAUAGGACACAAAUGGCGGAAAUUCCAGAACGCCCUUCCCUGAAGACUGACUCCAUCUACAGACACACAAUGGAGCAGGAGGAUGUGGCGGAUGGAGAUCUGUCACUGACUGUGCAGGUUCCAGGAGGACAGGAGACAUCAGUUACAGUAAACAGCAGUAAACCAGUGAUGGACUUGUUGAUCAGUCUGUGUGCUCAGUACCACUUGAACCCAUCAGACCACUUUAUUGAGCUUAUCUCCACCAAUCAGAACCAUAUCAAAUUCAAGCCAAGCUCUUUGAUUGGCUCCCUGGAAGCGGAACGAGUUGUGCUUAAGCCUAAGGGAAGUGAAGACAAUACUAAAAGAGUGCCUAACAUGCCAAUAGCAACAGUGCGUCUGAUAAUAAACUACAGGCAGUCCCAUAAGGCUGUGGUGCGAGUCAAUCCCAGGGUUCCCCUGGCUGAGCUAUUGCCUGCUGUGUGUGACAAGUGUGAAUUUGACCCGAACUCUACCAUCUUGCUGAGAGAUAGCCAAUCUGAACACCCUCUGGAUCUCACCAAAACCCUCAAUGACUAUGGCAUCAGAGAUCUGUAUGCCAAAGACACAAAAGCUGUUUCAAGUGCUUCGAAGGACACAACAGCUCCCACUCAUAAAGGUUGCAAAAAGGAAAAGCUGACGACCGUAAAGAAAGGGCAGGAAGAAAAGGAGAACAGGGGACUCUUUAGCUUGUUCCGGAGAAGCAAGAAAAUGACAGAAGAGCGGACACCCAGCAUCAGUGGCGCUCUCGUGUGUCCCCCCGGGAAUAAUCACCAAGUGGUCGGUGCAAGUUGUCCUCAGGUGCACUUGGCCACGCCCGCACCACCCGUUAACAUCCCCAAGAAGAGGCGGGCGCCGCAGCCUCCCAGAAUGCUGUGCUUCCAGGGCUCCAGCCAGUCUGUCUCUCUGCCAGCUGCCACUGGUGACGAGGGUGUGCUUAGUCGUGUUUCUUGUACUGAGUCCUCUCUUAAAAGGAAAAAACAAAGAGCCCCUCCCCCUCCAUGCAUUAACUCCGCCUUACCGGAUUGUAGUGAUGAAGAGGGAUGCUGGGUCGGAGACACACCUAACCUCACGUUGUUGGACGAAUCUCAAGAAGAGGCUGUACGCAGUGCCAGCCAAUACGAUGCUUUUACAACUGCCUGUUCAUCCACCCCAUCACCCUCUCUAAUGACAGAGAUCUUGUAUGAAUACAUGGACAUACUGAAGGCCCAGGAACAAGAACUCUCAUCUGAUGGCUCUGUCACACAUUCACCUCCAGCAGCGUUUCAUUCGCCAGCCCUGCAGUCGGAGCCUAGCUCCCCAGCCAGUGUUUCUGACCCUGAUUCCAUAGCGCCCCCAGGCUGUGGGUUGCUGAGGCACUGCUCCCUGAGAGAGGGCCUCACCACAUUCACCGUGGUCCCCCGGAGAAGACAGCCAAGCCUGAGGCACUACGAGGUCCUUGUGAGACUGGAGACUCCGGGCUCUGGACAGACGGAUCAUCUGGAGUGGGGGAGCACAGAGAUGGAGAGUUUAGAACCAAAAGAGGUCGAGAAUCGAAAGCUGAACAGCAGCAAGAUGGGGACUGCAGAAAAAACAGAUGGCGAAGGUGAGAAUCUAGAGGAAAGAAACAGUGGGCUGGGAAUUCUAGAAGCUGCAGAGAAAGCCUUUGGUAAGUUAACUGUGAGUGCAUCUACAGAGAAACAUCUAGAGGUGAAGGAAAGGAUGGAAGACCAGGUCUCGGAGGAAGAACAGGGGGAUAAUGUAGAAAAAUACAGAGAGAGCAGAAGUAGUUUUCACAAACACGGAUCAAAUUUGGAGGAGAAAAAUAAUGAGGCAGAGAACUUGGAACCAAAGAAGCCUGACAGUCUGGAGCUGAAUGGCACUGAGAGAACAUGUGCACAAAGUGAGAAUCUAGAAGACGGGAACGGUGAGCAGGGUGUUCUAGAAGCAGCAAGAAAAGAGAAGAAUUGGGUGGAGGAGCAUAAGGAGAGGAGGAGGUUUCAAGGCGGCGGUGGCUUGGACAGACGGAUGGAGGAGUUUGAAGAAGGAAUGAGGUGCAGAGAGACGGCAGAGCUGGAGGACGGGUGUCCACCACCACGUUCUGUCUCCUGGGAGGAACGCGAGCGAGAAAGAAAAGUGAAACGGGGAGAAGACGUGUGCACUGUGUGCUCAAAGCCUUCCAGCAGUGACCCUAUGCCUGACAUCCUCGACUCCUGCUGUGCUGUAACCCUUUGCUCUAACCUCCAUUCCUCUGACUCUAGACCAUCACCCCUUACUGUGCAGCCUCGAGACUCUUCCCGAUCUCAGCUGGAUUCUUCUAGCAGUAGUCGCCAACCUGGUUCAGCGCUUGCACCUCGUCCUGAGCCAGACUCCCUGUUCAGCCCUACCUUCCGUUCCAGUGAUGUCUCUCCUUCUCUAAGCACCGUGUCUCUCUUUGCUUUGGCGGUCUCUCAGAGAGCUCAGAGUCUCCGGAGUAGAGUCUUCCCUUUGGCUCCGUCUGCUCAAUGGUUCCGCUCCCAGUCCCUGCCCUUUCCAGGGUUCUGCUCCCAAACCUUGCCCUCCCAAACCCCACCCCCUCUGGGGUUUAACUCCCAAACUCCACCCUCUCCAGGGUUGAGCUCUCAAAGUUUCUUCCCAUCAGUAGCUUCUCGACCGCAGCCCUUGAAGGGCAAUACCGGGAAAACUUCACGCUCUCAGAGGCUCGGUUCCUGCGAGGCAGCUACGAGAAGGCACGCCUGGAACUCCCCGCUGCGCACACACAGUGAAUGAGAAGGCAGAAGAGGGUGUGUGUUAUCAUGACCUUUGGAAGGUUCCUGGUUGGAUGAGCGUGUCAGUGUACCACAUUGUUUUUUGGACAUUUUUUUUUUUUUUUUUU